CGUCCUCGCGCCCACCCUGGGCCUGUCCCUGGUGGGUUCCGUGGCCGCCAAGCACCCAGGGCUCAGGGAGUAUGCCGCGUGCCGGUCGAACGCCUUCAUGAAGGGAGUUUUCACCUUUGUCACAGGCACCGGGAUGACCUUCGGCCUGCAGAUGUUCAUCCAAAGGAAGUUCCCAUACCCUUUGCGGUGGAGCCUGCUGGUGGCCGUGGUCGCAGGUUCCAUGGCCAGCUACGGGGUGAAAGUGGAGACACAGAGAUGCAGCAACCUCUGGCUCUUCCUGGAGACGGGGCAGCUCCCCGAGGACACGGGUGCCGCCCAGCCGCCGCACCUCACCUAG